AAAUACAAAACGGCACGAUUCCUGAAGAAAAAAAAAAAUGGCGGUUUUGAGUAACUGGGAGAGGGAGCGACGCGGACGCCAAACCCGAAGCUUAAAAUAAAGCGAACACGAAGCAUCCAAAGCUAGCAGAUACAACAGGAGGAAGACAACAAAAAGGCAAGCAAGCCAAAGCGGAAGCAGCGCCACCCACUCGCCCACCCACGGCUAAGUUAAUGCUAAAAGCGGCGAAGAACUACAAAAAGCUAAGCCCGGGCUCAGAGGCCUUUCUUGUUCUUCUUCUGAAGACUUCUCCCUCACCUCUUCUCUCCCACUGUUCUAGAUCGAGCGUGAGGAAGCCUAUUGACUCCAUUGGGAAGUGCGCUCGCAGUGUUGAAUCUUUCCUUUCGUUCUGUAAUUUAUAAUCUGCUUUACUUUUCUCCCUGUUUUCCUCGUUUCUGUUCUGAUGGAAGAAGAGGGGUUCGGCGACCAAAUGGACGAUGAGAGCUUCAUGGACAUGUUGCGAUCGGGCGAGGAAGAGGAUUACGUCUUCUCGCCCGCGUCUUGCCUUUCUUCCUCGUCCUCUUCCUUUUACUCCUCUUCGAUGCUCUGUUUCGGUGCCAAGGAAGAAAAGCCCCCCGCGGCAGUGGUCCGUGGGGCUUCCCAGAAGUCAACCGACUCUUCUCUGUCUUCCCUCUCAUCUUCUCCGCCUUCCACCACCAUCAAUAGCUCCAAGUCCCCCACCAAGAAAGCUGCAAGUAGAGGGAGAGGGAGAGGGGCGACAACGGGUACUACCAAGAAGCCCAAAACAGAGGCCCCUGAUGCUCCGGCAGGCAUGAUUAUGGUGAGGAAGGAGAAGUUAGGGGAAAGAAUUAUGGCGCUGCAGCAACUGGUUUCACCCUUCGGCAAGUCGGAUACGGCAUCGGUUCUGCAUGAAGCUCUGGGAUACAUCAGAUUCCUGCACGAGCAAGUCCAGGUUCUGAGCUCUCCCUACCUGCAAGGCCUGCCGUCCUCUGCCCACCUGCACGGAGAGAGGGGGAGCGAUCUGCGAAGCCGGGGGCUGUGCCUGGUCCCGGUGGCGUACACGGAGCACGUAGCGAGCAGCAACGGCGCCGAUCUCUGGUCGCGUGCCGUCGGGAACAGCAGGGGCUCCUCCGGCGCCAAGCACUAAGCAAGGGCUUCAAGGCAUUGGGUUUUUGGCUCCGUUUUUUGUCGGCUUUUUUUUUUUCCUUUCACGAAGAACAGAAAAGCCUCGGGCUUGCGAAAAUAUAUAAUUUUGUUAAACACCAUUAAUGUCGUACAGAGGCGAGCUCGAAGCAAAAGCAAAGCUCAUAAAGUGGUUUGUCUGCAAUUUGGUGUAACUCGAUGACUUGUUCAUACUUGGAAAUUGAAGUAGCCAAGCACUCUGUAGCCGUCUCUGGUUGCUUGGUAAUCCGAUGAAGAAAUUGCGGAAA